AAUUGAAACUAAACAUUUGGCAUUUUUAACAUUUUGGUUUCCGAGAGUGAGAGUCCCUUCCCACCAAACUCGAAAGCAAGAGUUGUCAGUGAGAAUUGAAGUUGAAGAAUUCCGCAACAUGCUUGUCGGCAACCACUGCUGAGGAUAAUUUGAAUUUCCAUUACAGACUGUCUUCUCCUCUGGAUUAAUCAGACAAUCCCACGCACGCAUUCUUCUUCUUCCAUCAUUUUCAUGAUCUGACAUUGGAGAGCAACAACAACAACAAGAACCCCCGUUUCUGGAUCUCCAAUUUCCACCUGAAACUCCCUCUUGAAUCGACGGAAGCCAUUGGAGAGCUAUCUCAGAUAAUCUUGGGAGAACAGUUUUGUACUGUGUACCAGUGUUCUAAAUUUCCUGGAUCCAAUGUUGGUCCAAGAGCGUUCAACGCCUAAAUCCCCCAAAACCCAGAUCAGAACCUUACCGACUCUCCACUCGCAUCGAUUCUCAGAAUCUAAGAGCCUCGAUUUCUCCACAUGGCUGUCUGAAAAUAUGUACAAAGUGGUGACGGUUCUGCUACUGAUCGUCUCCGUCGCCGUCCUUUUUUUCCUCCGCAAUGUCGGCGAUACCGCCGCCCUUCUCUGCUUCCAAUCCAAGACGGCGGCCUUGGAGAAGAUUCAAUUCCCUAAAGUCGAUUGGAAUUCGAUCGCGUCGAUCCCGGCUACCUCUUCUCUCUAUCCGGAAUUUCGCUCUGAACAAUGGAUCGUAGUCUCGGUGUCUACUUAUCCUAGCGAUUCGCUGCGCAAGCUUGUGAAAAUGAAGGGCUGGCAGGUGUUGGCGAUCGGCAAUUCACUGACGCCGUCGGAUUGGGCUCUUAAAGGUGCGAUUUUCCUUUCCUUAGAAGAACAGUCUAAAUUAGGGUUUCGUGUGAUUGAAUUUCUUCCCUAUGAUUCUUUCGUGAGGAAAACUGUUGGGUACCUCUUCGCAAUUCAACAUGGCGCGAAGAAGAUCUUCGAUGUGGAUGAUCGAGGGGAAGUUAUCGAUGGGGAUUUGGGUAAACAUUUCGAUGUAGAAUUGGUUGGAGAGGGAGCGAGGCAGGAGAUUAUAUUACAGUAUAGCCAUGAAAAUCCCAAUAGAACUGUUGUAAAUCCAUAUAUUCAUUUUGGGCAAAGAUCAGUCUGGCCUAGGGGCUUGCCACUGGAACAUGUGGGUGAAAUUGCUCAUGAAGAAUUUUAUACCGAAGUUUUUGGUGGAAAGCAGUUCAUCCAACAGGGAAUUUCCAACGGUCUCCCUGAUGUCGAUUCGGUAUUUUACUUCACUCGAAAAUCUGGAUUGGAAGCUUUUGAUAUUAGAUUUGAUGAACGUGCCCCAAAAGUGGCAUUGCCGCAGGGUAUGAUGGUUCCUAUUAACUCCUUCAACACACUUUAUCAUACCUCAGCCUUCUGGGCUUUAAUGCUUCCUGUUUCCAUUAGCACAAUGGCUUCUGAUAUCUUGAGAGGAUAUUGGGGCCAGAGGCUUCUAUGGGAAAUUGGUGGUUAUGUUGUAGUUUAUCCUCCAACCGUUCAUCGAUACGAUAGGAUUGAAGCAUACCCUUUUUCAGAAGAAAGAGAUCUACAUGUGAAUGUGGGUCGUUUAGUUAAUUUUUUGAAUUCAUGGAGAUCAGGUAAACAUAGGCUUUUUGAAAAGAUUUUGGAGUUGAGUUUUGUAAUGGCAGAGGAAGGGUUUUGGACUGAGAAGGAUGUGAAGUUUACAGCAGCUUGGCUACAAGAUUUAAUUGCUGUUGGGUACCAGCAGCCAAGGCUAAUGUCUCUGGAAUUGGAUCGUCCACGAGCGACUAUUGGUCAUGGGGAUCGGAAGGAGUUUGUUCCACAGAAACUACCAUCCAUACACCUAGGGGUUGAGGAAACUGGGACAGUGAGCUAUGAGAUAGGGAACUUGAUAAGGUGGAGAAAGUAUUUUGGCAAUGUUGUGCUAAUCAUGUUUUGUAAUGGCCCUGUCGAACGAACAGCUCUCGAGUGGAGGUUGCUAUAUGGGCGGAUAUUCAAGACGGUGAUAAUUCUUUCAGAGACUAAGAAUUUAGAUCUUGUUGUGGAAGAAGGCAGACUGGACCAUGCAUACAAGUACCUGCCCAAAAUUUUCGACACGUAUAGUGGUGCAGAAGGGUUUCUAUUCCUGCAAGACAAUACUAUUCUUAACUAUUGGAAUCUGCUACAGGCGGACAAAUCAAAACUCUGGAUAACUAAUAAGGUACCCAAAUCUUGGACUACUGUGUCAGUUGAAAGCUCAGACUGGUUUACUAAACAAUCAAACAUGGUAAAGAAGAUAGUGAGCAUGAUGCCAGUUCAUUUCCAAGUCAGUCAUAAGCAGUCUGUAGCAAAUGAGCAAAGCCUCACAAUAUGCAAUUCCGAGGUCUUUUACAUUCCUCGGCGCCUCGUAGCAGACUUUCUUGAUCUUCUCGGUUUAGUGGGUGAUUUAGAAAUCCAUCACAAGGUUGCAAUCCCCUUGUUCUUUACAGCAAUGGAUUCGGUUCAGAACUUUGAUCCGGUUUUGAAUACAAUGAGGUAUAGAGAGAAAGCACCUGCCACAAAUUCAUCAACUAUUUAUUCAGUUCAUGUGCCUGCUGUUCACCCAUGGAAUGUGUCAAGUGAACAAGAUUUCAUAAGGUUGGUCAGAAUAAUGGCAGAAGGUGACCCACUUCUAGCAGAGUUAGUUUGAGGGGAUAAAAGGAAAAGAAAAGAGACUUUGAAUUGAUACCUUGGGAGUUAGGGGAGACCAUGUAUACUAAGCCAUCUGUUAUACAAAACUGCUAUUUUUCUUCUCUUUUUGGUUCGGAGUGAAGGAAAAUAACAUUUCUUUGACCCCAUCCUCCCCAACACUUGUUUUCUUUUGUAGAGUUUGUGUGUUCUCACCAUUUGUUGUAAGAAAGAAAUUGUAUUCAACUAGUUCUUUUGUCCCAGAAGUAUAUGAACAGGAAAUUAAAUUGGCUUCAUUGAAUAUAA